UAAUAUGACAAGUUUGUUUGCAAUUUAUCACUUAUCUGGAUUCAACAUUCAACAAUAUGUGUACAAAUCACUGUAUAUGUAAUAUGUGCUAUAAUGCUAAGUAAAAGUAUACCAACUUACUCUGUGAAAAGUACUAUGAGUCAUCGGGAAGCGGGAACCACAGUCCACAGAGCAAGUUAUAUAUUAUGUUGUCAACUUGCACAUAUACACAUAUUUAAUAAACUAUAUACCUAUAGCGUCUGCAAAAAUAUAGCAUGGGUUUUAUAGAUUGUAGUGUUGAGUGGUCAUUUGUCUGAAGCGUGAAAAGUGGGUACAAAUUUCUGGCCACUUCAACCGUAACAAUGGAUCAUCCAGGGACAUCAAGGCAAGGAGCAGACAAUAUUGUAGAAGACCUCACAAAUUGUGGUACUGACUCCUUGUCUAAAGAAAUAAUUAAAAUAUACAAGAAGUUUAUUGAAGUUAUACAAAAGAGUGAUAUAUUGACAUUCAAUAUUUUAAUCAAUACUUUAAAUACUGUUGAUAAUAAACCAUUAAUACAGCAAUUAAUUACAAAAAGCAAGUUUGAUAUAUUUAGCUGUAUAAGCAAACAUUCCCAAGUGAAAAUGCUUGAUUAUCUUCUGGAACAAACUGAGCUUUUGCCAUAUCUGUCUCCGAUGGAUAAAGCACAACGUAAUUUAACAAUAGAACGCACAUUCUUCAACUGCAUGUGUAGUGGGAAUGAAGUACUAUUGGAAAGGUUCUAUGACUACUGGGCUGGUGAUCUUCAUUGGGUUUACAAUGAGGCGAGCAGUGUGAAUGAUAACGAAAAUUUGAGUAAUCUCUGUAUUCUGUUAACCAACGCCGAAGAAUAUUUCAAGAGAACUACAGCUAUCAAAUCCAGCCAUCCACAAACAUUGGCCGAAAUUAAAUGCAUUGUCAUUUUUAAUGAAUUCCAAAUUGCUUUAUAUGAACAGUUAAGCGAGGUUAAAAAGAAAAUUAGGGAUUGGAAAGAUAUAUCAGAUUACAAUAGAUCUAUUCUCCGUGAAAUAGAUCUUAUUAAAGAGAUUAUUAAUAUUAUUUUUAAACAAGUCGAAAUUUAUUCUAAAAGAGUUUUAUCAAUUUGUUUGGAUAAAAUGAAACAAGAUGAUGAUGGUAUAUCACUGUACUGGAAAGCCCAGGCAUUCUAUAUGUUCAAAACCUUUUUUUGGAAAAUGGACUAUAAUAUAUGUCUAUUAAUUUUAGACAAUAUACAUUUAUUAAAGAAAAGACUUAUAAUGGAAAAUAAUAUGUAUCAGAAAUUAGAGUCAAAGCUGUAUCACUUUAUUUACCAUUUUAGGACGAAGUGGUCCUUUUAUUUGUCAAGAACUAGUACACUAGAGAGUGAUUGUAUCUCGACAAUCGAAAAUGAGGAGGUCCACACGUAUCCAAUACCCUGUUCAGUGGACAUGGGAGGGUUGAUAAGAUUUCUAGUGUUGUACUUAGAGAGAGACCACUUUAUUGAAAUGUUACGUAAUUUUAAAGAAGAGCUAAAUAAACCAAUCUUAGAGAAAAAUAUAAGACCCAAGAACUCGAAAUUCUCCGAUGAAGAAAUCCAAUCGCUCACACCAUGUCCUGAAAUGAGAGAUGAUUAUUCUUUAAAAAAGAUGUUGCGCUACCUCCAGGAACUUCCUUCUGUUUCAGAUAUAAAAAAGGAAAAGCAGAGAGCGCAACUAUUACUAGAGAGAAUUUUGCAAGUUGUCGGGGAAUUUCUUAAAAGCACAAAAGAAAGUAUGAAUUUAGAUCCAACGACACGCGCUUUGAUAGUUGCGGAAGUACCAAUAGAUGUUGUGGAUAGUUUAAACAAUAUAAGAGAUUAUCUAAGUAAGGCAAAAAAAUGUAAAAUUCUUUGGCGAAUGGAGAUCGCUAAACACGGUGAAGACAUUUUCGAAAAAGUCUUACAAGAUUUGUUACAUCUAAAAGAUGCAAUACGAAAGGUGAUUAGUAUCAAUAGAUAUUUUGUGAAUAGAUCUCUUAUUAGGUUCGGUAUCAACAUUUUGUCAGCUAGAAGAGAGGCAAUAGAAAGCAAAAUCGAUUUACCUAAUUAUUUGUAUUCUUGCUAUUCCCAGUUUUUGGGAGGUUGUAUGUAUCAUUUAAUGGAAAGGAUAUUUUUAGAUAAAUUUUAUACUGAGACAUGGAGUAAACAUGGUUUAUCCAGAAGCCUUAUGAUAGAAGUUGGUCAUAUAAACCAUGAUUUUAAUAUGCUUGAUAAGAAAAAUGGCCAAGAAAUUAGACGGAUACAUAUGUUCUUGUCAAAACAUUUCAAUCACUAUAAAAAAGUUAUUAACGACUUACUCCAAAAGGUUAUAUAUCAGAGUGAUCGAUGGAAUAAUUUGAAAAAUACGUUAGCUAAUAAUAUGUUAAGUGAUUAUCCUAAUUCUCAAGAUAUGAUUCAUUUAAAACAACUCUUGAAAUCUACAAAUAAUGCUGAGACUCGUAACACUAUGUCUAAUUUUAUCGACAAUUAUACAGAUGUCGAAGUAUUGUGGGACCUUAUAGAGAGACUAUUUGAAUUCUUGAUUAUAAAGACGAAGAGUUUUGAUGCAACAAAUGCAGAAUUAAAAUUCAGUAUGUUCACAGACAAAUACAAACAACUUUGUAGGAAUGGAUACAAGCAUAAAGAUAUGAAAGUUAAUGUUGAGAGUUUACUUAAGCUAAUAGAACAACACUGCUCGCCAAAACCUCUGUCCUCAAAUAUAAGUGUUGUUCACGCAUUUGAUGGCAUUAAAGAAUUUAAUGCAAUUCUUAAUAUGAAACAAUUCAUAACCGAAGAGGAAAUUAAAUAUAUUUCCAAUAACAUUCCCGAGUGUCGUAGAAGCGAUGGACCAAUGUUUUGUAAGAUUGGAAACGACUUUUGUACCGAUAUGGAAAAAAACGUAAAUACAGCAUUGGCAAUAGAGCCAUUUGAUGAACAGUCGGCGAAAAUUAUCCGUACUUUGCAUGUUGCAGAUCGAGACCCUGAAUUGUUAAAAUGUUAUUUGGAAAGGAUAACCUUUCUUUCAAAUAUAAUAAACAAGCAACACCGAGACUUUUUUGUAGUACAAUAUAAAUAUAAUGCACAAUUUAGAAUUUGUUUGGAAAUGAUCCUAAUUGAUCUACUGAAUAUAUCUGCUAAAUGUAAGAGAAUAGCGACAAUACAGAAACAGAACAAAUUACUGACUGAAAUAAAUAUGCGUAACGUCUUAGCGCACGGUAACGCCUUGCUUGAAGUAAUCGGCGAAGUUUUGGAUACGAAUGAUCUUCCAGGGGAAAUAAUAAAUAAGUCAUUUGAAUUUGUUGAAGAUUUGGAAUCAGUACAAGCAAUAUAUGAUUUAAAAUGCGGCGGAUUUUGCUUUGAGAACAUAGACAAUGAUGGUAACAUUUACAAUACUGUCAGUAUUACUGACAAAGAAAAGGAAUUAUUUACUAAAUUUAAAGAGUCAAAACACUGGCAGAAUUAUUUACAUCUAAUACCCGAAUAUGCAGCGCAUAAGUGGAGUAUCGCAAAGCAAUUGAAAGAACAGGAAAUUGAAGCGAAAUUGAAGCUUAUUGAAGCGGUUAAAAUAAAUGGAGAUAUUGAUAAUCUCGCGAGUAUACUAGAAAAAGUUGACAUAAACCAUGUCGAUGACAAUGGUAAUGCAGCUAUUCACUACGCUGCUAUGAAUGGAAACCUAGAUGUCAUUAAAGAAUUGACAGUAAAUAUGGCUAAUAUUAAUAUUAAAAAUGAAGAUAAUAAAAUGACGGCAUUGCAUUACGCGGCUCUGAAAGGUCACUCGGAAGUAGUUAACUAUUUAGUAGAGUGCGGUGCUGAUAUAGAGAAGGACAAACAGGGACACACCUAUAAAGAUAUCGAAGAAUUAAAAGCUGAGGCGUCCAAGAAGAGAAUGGAAGAGAGAUCUGAAGAGUUAGAGUUAGACGCGGGUGAUUUUAAUAUAUUUGGUAUGGACGAUUAGGGUGUGUUAGUCAAAAUACGAACAUGUAACAUGUACGUUUUUUUUUUUUAAUAUUAUAUUCCAUUUUUAAAUAUUUGACUCAUGACAUAUUUAGUCAUCAUGACAAUUUUAUUAGGUAAGAGGUUUGAUAUGAAAGCAUAUGAGUAUGAUAUAAAUUUAUUUACCAUGUUGGAAAUGCAUAAUUGAUUUAUAUUUUUAUACAUAUUCCGGUGCUAUUAUUUUAAUUUUAAGAUCUCGAUUUAUACAUAAUUUUAUAUAGACUAUAGAGCCUCAAGACUUAAUUGACGUUUGAAAAAGGAGGAAAAAUAACGCCAAUAAAUACAAA